GCCGAUUGGGGGACGGACGCGCCGAAGAGGCGCCCUACAAGCAUGGCGGACCUCGCUGCGGCCCCGUCUCCACGGCAGCGGCUGGACACGUGUUUGGCGCUUCUGGGCGCCGCUGCGGGUCGCCCCGAGCAGUUCCUCAGUGUCCAGGAGGGACUUGCCGCUGAAUUCCUCACUUUGACCAAAACGCUCUACGAUUUCCAUCACGCCCUUCGAGGAGAAAUCGUGGCUGGAAGCCCUUUAGAACAGCUGGUGGUCGAGGACUUUGAUGAGGAGCAGAUCUGGCAACAGCUGGAGCUCCAGAACCAUGCCGUCCUGGGGUCCUUGAAGAAAGCAGUCGCGAGAAACGUGGAGGACGAGGAAAACGGGGUGCUUUCCCUUCUCCCAGACGUUGAGGAGGACGAGGAAGAUGAGGCAGGAGAUGGUGAGGAGGACAUGGGCGCGGAGGACGAAGCGGGGAAGGAAGCCAGCAGCAGUCACAGUGAAGAGGAAGAAGAGCUUGGCCAAACAAGAACCAAUUUGGAAGCCUCCCAAAAUGGUCCUUUCAGCGACGAGGACUCUGAGCUGGACUUUGAUAUCGAUAGGUUAGAGCAGCAAGCCCAAAGGUCAAAGAGCGUGAGGAAAAAGACGGGGUCAGACUCCCUGGUGGACGACAGAUUUUUCAAACUCUCCGAGAUGGAGGCCGCUUUGAAGGCGGAGGAGGAGAAAGAAGGGAGCAGAGAUAAUGACAGCGAUGGAAUAGAUUAUUUCGAAGAGAUUUUCUCUGAAGAUGAUGAUGAUGACGAGGAGGAGGAGGAGGAGUUUGGAUCGAGGAAGAGGAAGGCGAGUAAAAGUGCUCGCGAUCUUAAAUAUCAAGAUUACUUCGAUCCUGUGGAUGAGAGCAGCGAGCCCAUGGAUGAACAGAAAGAUGACCAAAAUAGCCAGAGUGGAGAAGGUGGAGAAGAAGAGGAGGAGGAGGAAGAGGAGGAAGGCAGUGCUGAGAGCGCUCCCGAGAGCGCUGAGGACGUGGGUGAAAUGAUUCAGACUGAGCGUGGGAAGAGCAGAGACCCCCCCAAGAGAGUGACUUUUUCCUUGCCCUUCGACAGCGACGAGGAGGAAGAAACGGAGCCGCCAUUCCAGGAAAAAUCUAAAAAGGCCCCCGAAAUGAAAUCGUCCUUUGAGAAAAGGCAGGAAAAGAUGAGCGAAAGAAUAAAAUCCCUUGAAGAGGAGCUGCUGAAGGAGAAGCCGUGGCAACUGAAGGGCGAAAUUGGGGGGCAGAAGAGACCCGAGAACAGCCUCCUGGAGGAGAUGCUGCUGUUUGACCAUGCCGUCCGAAUGGCUCCGAUGGUCACAGAAGAAACAACUCUUGAGCUGGAAGAUAUUAUCAAGAGAAGGAUAAAAGAUCAGGCUUGGGAUGAUGUUGUCCGUAAAGAAAAACCGAAAGAAAAUCCAUUUGAGUAUAAGAAGCGUUUGACUCUGGAUCAGGAGAAGAGCAAAUUGAGCCUGGCUGAAAUUUACGAGCAGGAAUAUUUGAAACUGAAUCAGAAAAAAACAGAAGAGGAGGAAAAAUCUGAGCAUGUUGAAAUACAGAAAAUGAUGGACUCUCUCUUUGUUAAACUGGACGCCCUCUCCAACUUCCACUUCAUGCCGAAACCGCCUGUGCCAGAAGUUAAAAUUGUCUCCAAUCUCCCAGCAAUCACCAUGGAAGAGGUGGCUCCAGUACAUGUCAGCGAUGCUGCCCUUCUGGCACCUGAAGAAGUCAAGGAGAAGAACAAAGGGGGCGAUGUGAAAACCAACGCCGAGAAGACCCCCACCGAUAAGAAACGGGAUCGCAGGAAGAAGAAGAUGAUGAAACGCCUGAGGCUGAAGGAGAAGGAGCGGAGGCAGAAGCUCCUGGAGAGCAAAUCGGAACUCGGUGCCAAGCUCAGCAGAAAAGCCUCAGAGGCCCAGCUCAAAAAGCUGACCAAGGAAAGGGGCACCUCGCUGCUUAAGGAUGACGGCCGAGACAAACCUUUGAAGUCCUCCAAGGCUUUCUUCUCCCAGCUACAAGAUCAAGUGAAAAUGCAAAUUAAGGAGGCGAAGAAUAUUCAGAAGAGACCGAAGAAGCAGGCGCUUUCUGCCCAGAAGCUAAAGCUAUGAUACAUUAUGCAUGUCUCGCUUUGUAUAAAUUAAACUAAGGGUUGGAUUCUU